GGCUGCCCGUUGCUGCGCAACCAGGCUUUCUGCUCUGCAGAGGCUUCUUCUUUUAAGGUCAAACCUGGUAUGGCAGCCGCCGGCCGCAGCUGGGAGUGGAGGCCAGUGGUGUGCAGUGACCUCCUCGGCCGUGCAUUCCACUCGUGCAACGUGGUACAGGGCAAGCUCCUCAUCUUUGGGGGCCAGAAGUCGCAGGAGACCCAGGAGCCGCCCCUUGGGGAUGUGGUGGCCUUUGACCCCUCACUCCAGACGGUCAAAAGGAUGGCUCCUGAAUGCGAGCACCGCCGGAGCCACCACGAAGCUGUGGUCCUGUCUGACCGCUUCCUGUGCGUGGUGGGGGGCUGGGAUGGCUCCCACCGGGUCUCUGAUGUGUGCUGCUUUGACGCCGAACAGGGGCAGUGGGAACGCUGGGCUGUGGGGCCCUCCAACCAGGCCCCCGUGGGGCUCAGCAGCCACACUUGCACUAAGCUCACAGACCAUGAGGCACGGGUGGUGGGCCGUGAGGGCGGGGUGCGGACUCAGCGGCGCUACGCCAGCAUAUUCACACUGCAUCUCAACCCUGCCAACAAGACCUACUGGUACAAAGAAGAGGAAUCACGCACGGCCUCCCGGGCCGGCCAUUCUGCCAUGCUGCUGCGCGAAACCACCCCAAGCGGGAAGAGCAGUGGCUACAACCUGGUGGUCUUUGGAGGGCGAGACUCUGCUGACUUCGACAUAGCUGGACACUGGGGGAAAAGCAAAAUCCAUGUUGAUUCUGUUCAUGCUCCUGGGCUGACAGAGAAUCUCUCUCGCUUGGUCAGCACUGAAAAGGGAUCCCGGCAGGGUCCCAAAGGCCUGAGGCACCAAUCCUGCACCGUGGUGGGGCCUUUUGCUGUCAUCUUUGGUGGCGAGACUUUAUCGACCGGCAGGGAUGCCAUUUGCAAUGAUCUUUACAUCCAUGAUACAAGGUCUUCGCCAGCCAACUGGUUUCACUUCCCUUGCUCCAACCGGGGCCAGAAGAGAGUUGGCCACCGCACCUGCCUCUGCAAUGACAAGCUCUACCUCAUUGGGGGGUUUGGGGCUGAUGGAAAGACGCCCUGCCCAGAGAUCUGCAGCUUGGAGUUCGCUCUGUGAAGUCUGAAGCCUCUUGUUACUAGCUCUCAUCAACAUCCUCAAGUGGACAGCGCUCUCAAUUCUGCUCCACUCCCCUCUCACCUGCAGUGGAGAGCGAGCCCCUGGGCCAUGUGAAAUAAUGCACCCCUCUGGCAUGUCAGACUUCGAUGCUCUUUCUGCAGGUAAACAUACAAGAGGGGGAAGUGAUCAGACUGAAGGACACUAGGAAGAAAGUGACUCAUUGGGCAGGGGUGUUUGUGAGA